AUGAAGUGCCUUUUUCCAUUCAAGGACAAAUCCAAGAGCAAGAAGCAAGGAGCACAAUCCGCUCCAGAAUUGAGAAACCAAAGCAAAUCAAGCGAUCUGGUUUUAGAUCGUGCAACAAAAUCUUCAAGUUCCUUACCAUCACCAAGGAGCAUACCAGAAUUGUACAAAGAAAGGGAGCAAAAUUUGAGAGUUUUCUCUUAUCAAGAGCUGAGGGAAGCAACAAAUGGUUUCAACAGAUUGCUAAAGCUUGGGGAAGGAGGUUUUGGGAGUGUGUACAAAGGAACAAUUAGCCCUGAAAAUGGUCAAGGAAGUCCGAUUGUAGUUGCCAUUAAAAGGUUAAACCCGCGUAGCUUACAGGGUCAUAAAGAAUGGCUUGCGGAAGUUCAAUUCCUUGGUGUCGUAAAUCAUCCAAAUCUAGUAAAACUUUUAGGAUAUUGUUCUGUAGAUGGAGAAAGAGGUAUACAACGGCUACUGGUAUAUGAAUAUAUGCCUAAUAGAAGCUUAGAAGAUCAUCUUUUCAACAGGGCUUUGCCCACAAUGCCUUGGAUGACAAGACUACAAGUUAUGCUUGGUUCUGCUGAAGGAUUGGCUUAUCUACACCAGGGACUGGAAGUCCAGGUGAUAUAUCGAGAUUUCAAAUCCUCCAAUGUGCUAUUGGAUGGGCAAUUCAGGGCAAAGCUCUCAGACUUCGGGCUUGCUAGAGAAGGACCAACGGGUGACCGCACUCAUGUAUCAACGUCGGUGGUAGGGACUUAUGGAUAUGCUGCCCCAGAAUAUGUUGAAACAGGCCAUCUUUCAACGCAUAGUGAUUUAUGGAGUUUCGGUGUGGUGCUUUAUGAGAUCCUCACAGGCAGGCGUGUCUUGGACAAGAACCGCCCGCCAGCGGAACAGAAACUUCUUUAUUGGGUUAAACAGUUCCCUGCUGACAGUAGAAGGUUCAGCAUGAUAAUAGAUCCAUUGCUGAGAGAUCAGUAUUCUCUUACAGCUGCACGAAAACUUGCCAAGUUGGCAGAUAGCUGUCUGAACAAGAAUGCAAAAGACCGACCAACAAUGAGUCAGGUGGUAGAGGUCUUGAAGCAAGCUCUACAAGAUUCAGAAGCGGGAACCAGUUCUGUAAAUAGAAGUUUUGAGGCAUCUGGGUCUAAAUUGGCUAAGCGGAAACCCAAGUAG